AACAAAUCCAACAUUAGAUAGCAAAAAUUGGGAGAUUGUAAAUUGAGAAACAAAAACUUAAAAGAAACUAUCAUAUUCUUGCAACAAUUCUAACUUUUUUUUCCUUAGAUAAAUUAGGAUACAAUCUUGAUAGAAGAGUAUCCUAAUUUUUAUUUACCUUUCCUUACAGGAAAAAAGAAAUAAAUAAACAAUCUAACCUUUUCAAUCAAAUAUAGUGAAUAUUAUUUUUCUUUUGGUCAUACAUUUGACAAGUUGUUCUUCUUAUAACAAAUUUUAUAUCAAUUUCUUAUUCAUUUUCCCGAAUCAUUUCGUAUUAACCCGUUUUUGAAUUUAAAUUUUAAUACAAAGCUAAUUAUUAAUCUUUCUCUUGGAGUGACAUGAUCAAGUUUGUUUAUAUUGUAAAUUCUAUACCUUAUAUUUACAUGGUUUGGGAUAUAUUUGGUUUAUUUAACUUGCUAGUUUUGAGAAGAAUUUUUUGAUUUCAAAAUUAUCUAAUUAAUAUGAGGCCUUGUAAACUAUUUCGAAGUUUUAAUUUACUUAGAAAUUAAAUAGUGUUUUAAAAUCAUUGUUAGCCUUUUUAUAAGCAUGAAAAUGUAGAUAUGACCCUUGUAUAUGAAAACAAGUUAACUUCUUUUAGUGGUAGGAUAGUCUAGAAAAUGGUAGAUAGGUGGAAUCCAUAUGAAAUUCAUAUAUCUUGCUUAAUGGUACUAGCCAUUCUUUUAGAAUUUCGAGAGUGUGAAUCCCUCAAUCCCGAAGGAUUAGCGUUACUCCAAUUCAAAGAAAGAAUAAAUAAGGAUCCUUAUGGAGUUUUUGCGAAUUGGGACCCAGAUCAUUUGGAUCCAUGUAUGUGGCUAGGUGUUCAUUGUCUAAAUGGAAAAGUACAAAAAUUGGAUUUUAAUGGGCUUUCAUUGCAAGGAACAUUGUCACCAACAUUAAAAAACCUAAGCUACAUGCGAUCAUUAUUGAUAAGCAACAACCAUUUAUCAGGUUCUAUUCCAAAAGAGAUUGGAGAGCUUCAAUUACUAGAAGUGUUGGAUUUGACUCAUAAUAAUUUGAGCGGAAUAAUUCCUUCAAAGAUAGGUGUGAUGACAUCAAUAAAAUGCUUGUCGCUUUGUGGUAAUGAGUUGCUUAGAGGUAUUCCACCUGUAAUUGGAAUGCUUGAUUAUCUUCAUCAAUCAGACUGUAAUCAACAAAUCAAGUCAAUUCUGUAUGGAACAAAAGAUUACUAUAAAAAGACUAUACGUUGUAACUGGUGGCGCAUUUUCAAUGGAUUGAAGAACUAUUUUGGCAUUAGAUUUAUUUGGGAGACUAAGAAUACAGAGUGUUGUUUUUACGCCGGAGGAAACAAUUGUUGCCACAAUGUACCAAGUACAACGAAAGAUUAUGGUCGUCGUCUUUUGUUCGAACAAUCAAAUAACCUUCCGGCUGUACCACCGACAAAUGUUACUAAUGUACGAGAAAAGAGACCAUCCCCAAUUCUGUUUAGUAGCGGAGCUUAUUCUAUUCAUAUAAAAAAACCUACUAUAUUUGUACAACCUUCUACCUCUACAAUGUCACCCGAGCGCCCGCGCCCUAGCCCUAGCCCUAGCCCUAAAAAAGACUUUUGUGUUCUUAUAAUAGCUUUGCUUAUCGCAGUUGUAAGCUUUGUUUUACUUGUUAGUAUACGUAUUGCGUUAGUAGCCGUUCGACGUUAUUGUGGUGCUAAGGUUGUACAAGCUCAAAAUGCAUCUCUACUUCAUCGCUUGAGCAAGGUCUUUGUAACAGGAGUUCCACAAUUAAAUUCGGGAGAAUUGGAAACAGCUUGUGAGGAAUUUAGCAAUAUCAUUGAUACAUUUUCGGGCUGUUUGAUGUAUAAGGGAAUACUAUCAAGUGGAGUGGAAAUUGCUGUUUUAUCUACUUCAAUUAGGUCAUCACAACAAUGGUCAAAUUACGCAGAAAGGGAGUUUAAAAGAAAGGUGGAUACCUUUUCAAAGAUAAACCAUAAGAAUUUCAUAAAUCUCCUUGGCCACUGUGAGGAGGACAAUCCAUUUGUAAGAAUGAUGGUAUUUGAAUAUGCUCCAAAUGGAAACCUUUAUGAGCAUUUACAUGUUAAGGAUAUGGACCAUCUGGAUUGGACCACUAGAAUGAGGAUUAUCAUGGGAACAUGUUAUUGUCUUGAGUACAUGCAUCACGAGCUCAAUCCUGCUGUUGUUCAUCCACAUCUUCAAUCAGAUACAAUCCUUCUGACAGACGAUUAUGCCGCAAAGGUAGCGGAUGUUGCUUUCUGGGCUGAUAUUGUAUCCAAAGCAAAGAUUUCAGAUGACGAAGAAUCAGAACCUUUACAUUCAAAUCCAGGUCCCACGUGUGAAGACAAUGUGUACGAUUUGGGGAUAUUGUUGCUAGAAUUAAUUUCAAGCAAGUCCCUUAAUAUGCAGGCUAUGGAAUGCUUAAGUGAUAAGGAGAAAUAUUCCAAGUUGGUUGAUCCCACUCUGAAGUCCUUCAAGAAUAAUGAGUUAGAAAUUAUCUGCGAGGUAAUCUAUGAGUGUCUAAAUAAGGAUCCAAGGCAGAGACCAACACUUAAAGAUAUAACUUUGAAGCUUGCGGCGGUAAUUAAAAUCUCGCAAGAGGCUGCUAGUGCUAGACAUUCACCCUUAUGGUGGGCGGAACUUGAGAUUCUCUCUAUAGAAAACUAGUUAGCCAACUACAAACACGGACAUUAUUCUCUCUGUAUAUAGAAAGAAUCACAUUUUUUGUCGUGUGUGUGUUUGACUAGGUAAAUUCAAAAUUUUGUUAAAGUUUCUUUUUGUUUACUCA